GGAGGUGCACUGCAGAAGGAAGCUAUUUCUCCAGACUCGCGUGCGAUCGGGCAGUAUCAGAGCGGAGUGUGGGGUGACAGCCAUGAGCUCCUGGAUAGUAUAUAGUCGUCCAGAUGCCUCGUCUGCGCCGACCAUCUAGGGACAACAGUAUCCUGUACACCAGCAUAAUCAGCAAUCAUGGGUCUCAUAGACAAAUUUCUUCCCAAGGAGGACCGCUUUGCGGCACUCAUGCUCUAUGGCAUGGUGUUCUGCACAAUGUUCAACGGCUAUGAUGCUGGAAUCAUGACCGUCAUUCUCGCGGACAAGCAGUUCAUUGAUUACUACAAUAUCACAUCCACCAGGUCUGGUCUCGUGGCGACAAUACCCUGGGCGACCACCGGCGUGGCACAGCUGAUGCUAGGAGGUACGCUGGCCGGGCUGGUGGGCAGGCUUUGGGCUCUUCGCGUCUCGAUCCUAUUCAUGUGUAUCGGGGUCGUGGUCCAAUCGGUACCCAACAGCUUUGGCGUGCUCAUCCUCGGGCGUCUCAUGACCGGGUUGGGGUUCGGAUGCGUCUACAUCGCCACCAACCUGUAUGUCUCCGAAUGUGCUCCUCGCCUGCUUCGGGGCAGUUUCGUCGGGACGGUGGCACAAUUUGGGUACCAACUCGGCACACUUAUUGCCUUCUGGUCCGGAUACGGCAUGAGCUUCCACAAAUCACCGUACAAUAUUGCAUGGCGCGUGUCCAAUGUCAUCCAGAUCCCAAUCGGGCUAAUCUUCAUCUGUGUGUCGUUCCUGUAUAUCGAAAGCCCUCGCUGGCUGCUGGAAAAACAGCCUGAGAACCCCCAACGAGCCCUGAAAGCCCUGGCAAGGCUCCGGUCAGGGUCACCGGAGGACGACCGCGUUCGAGUCGAAUUCCAUGAGCUUGUGGCAAGCCAUGAGUACCGCAAGCAGUUCGAAACCGGAUAUAUGGGAAUCUUGAAGAGCGGGCCUCUGCGCAAGCGGCUGCUGUACGGGUUCUAUGCCAUGGCCCUGCAGCAGUUUGGCGGUAUUGCUGCACUCACCAUGUACGCGACUCUCAUCUACCAGUCGCUUGGCUGGGACAAGGGAAGCCAGGCAUUGGCAAUCAACGGCAUUCAAUCCGUCCUCCAGCUGCUCAUCGUUUUGGUCAACACCUUCACAGUGGACCGUUUCGGACGCAAAACGCUGCUGAUAUGGGGUUUCACAAUCCAGUCUAUCGCCCUACUCAUACUCUCAUCUCUGUGCACCAGUUUCCCGAACAAUGACAACAAGGCUGCCGCGGUGGCCGAGAUUGCCAUGUUUUUCAUCGUUGGAAUGACCUAUUGCUGGUCAAAUGGACCAAUCCCUCCGGCAAUCGCCACCGAAAUAUUCCCUCAACACGUCCGAGACAAAGCCUUCGGAAUUUCCGCGCUUGGUCAAACAGCCUGCUUGUUAGCCAUUACCCAACCCUGGCCAGACUUCCACGACAAAGUCGGGCCACGGAGCUACUGGCUCCUUCUCGGUCUCAACGUCAUAGCCCUGAUCUCCGUCAUCAUUAUCCUGCCAGAAACCAAAGGCAUCUCUCUAGAGCGAAUGGAUCGCAUUUUCGGGCAGGUUGAUGCCGUCGAGGCCGGAGAAAGAGAGCGGUCGGCUUCUGUGACCGAGGAAGAUGCGAUCCGUAUGGCUUUAGGUGGAGGAAAGAGUAAUGACUUGAACACCGAGAAGGAUCUGGAAAAGGAUGUUGACCAUGUCCGGCAGGUAGAACUCGUUGAGUCGAGGAAUUGAACACGAUGCGCGACAAUGCUGGCGCAGUGAUACCUGGGAAGGACAGGGGAAGGCCAACUGUGGAGGACUUUUUAUGCUACCUCUUUGAAAGCCGUCAAUGCAUCUGGGAUCUUCUUCGCUUCACUCCGUAAGAUGAUAUGUCGACUUGGCGUUAAAACAUGACACCAACCAUACUGUUUAGUGAUUGUGUAGAGGAGCAUCAUAGCCCCAGGCACUCAUCAUCCCUGAGUCCGUAUUUGCCGCUGACGGCUAACGCUCGCCAACUUGUCCAGAAUCCGGAUCCACCUGUCCCGGACUCCCC